AUGAUACCAAACCAUAAAGGAAAGGAAAAGGCCCGAGAAUUUAUUCCAGAAGUUGAAUAUGAAUUACCUCAGUUUAGUUCGCAAAACACAAUAAAUGGUAUCGAUUUAAAUCAAGAUACACCAGAAAUUUUGGUUUGUGGGAGCAACGUACAACGUAUGCGUAAUAAGAAAAAACGACAAGAGAAAGAAAAAGGUCGAUUAAAAUUAGAACAUAAAAUGAUGAGUGUCUGGGGAGAACAUCAUGACCCUCACGUUAGUACACAUGUGACCGGUUAUAAUAAUGUUGUCACUAAGAUCCUUCUUGGUAAUCUAGUAAAUAGAAGGCCACAUCACGUGCGUUUUACUGACACCCUGUUAGAGUUGGAAUCAAUCUUGGGUGAUGAUGAGGAGACUGAUGAAUUGAUCGAUUCACAAAGUGAAACAUCAUCCAAUCUUGUUGCAGGUGUUAAUCCGAAGCUAGAAGCAUCUAUUGACCAGCUUGAUGCACUAUUUGGGAAUGAUGAUGAUAAUAUGGAAACUGAUGUGGAGACACAAAUGAUUGAUAACGAUAAUGAUAAUGUAUCUAUAAAUCAAAUGAAUUCCGAUGAAAACAAUGAAGUUAAUGAAGUCAAUGAGACUAAUGAAAUUGAUGAAAUUGAUGAAGUCAAUGAAGUCAAUAAAGUUAAUGAAGUUGAUACAGUCAAUGAGGUUAAUGAAGUUAAUGAGGCUGAUAAAGUCAAUGAAAUUAAUGAAGCUGUUAAGGUCAAUGAAGUUAUUGAAGCUGAUAGAAUUGAUGAAGUUUUUGAAGGUUUUCCUAAUGAAAAAUCUGCAAAUGAGAUUCCUGUAAAUGUAGAUCAAAUCAAUGAAACUCUUCCUCACUUUGAAUUUUUUAUAAUUCCUGAUAGUAUACUUGAAAAAGAUGAUGAUUUUGUACUGCCUGAAAAUUAUUUUGUUAAUCCAUCAAAAUUCACAUUUUUCAAUAUUCCAGAAGAGGUAUACUUGGAAGAAUCAGAAUUUGUGCUUCCUGAAGAAUAUUUUCUUAAGUCUCAAUCAAAAACUUCAAAUAAUAAAUUUCCAAAGACCAAAAUAGCAAAUUCAUCAAAGGUUACAACAAAUAGUGCUUCAACCAAUAUUGAAUUAUUGAAUAACACAAAUGAUAAUAAUGUUAGUAUUGAAUUAUCAGAAAAUGUUAUUGUUGAGCCAUCCAAAACUAUAGAUACUCAAGACACACUUUUUUCCACAUCUGAAAAUAUUAUCUUAUCCAAGAUUAUAAAUAAUACAGGAUUAAGAAAAGUAAUCUCAUCUAAAAAAAUAAAUACUCAAUCUUUCAGAAAUGAAAAUUCCAUUACAAACAAAAUUACAAAUGAUUAUUUUCCUAUAUCUGAAAAUAUCAUUUCAUCUAGAAAUAUAAAUUUUCAACCAUCUAAAAUUAUUUCAACAAAAGUUCACAAUUUAAGAAGUAAUAGACAAAAAGGCUAA